AUGUCAAGCCAACAGCAACAUGAGUUUUUGGAUGUCGCUGUGGGGAUUAUUACCGCGCUCCCCUUAGAGGCGCAGGCAGCUCGGGGGGUAUUUGACGAGAUCUUGGAAGAAAGCCAGGGAGACGAAGAAGAACCUCGACGCAGUCAACUCCCGAUUGACUGGAACUCAUAUACUCUGGGUCUGAUCGGGAAGCACAAAGUUGUCCUUGCCCACAUGCCGGGGAUGGGUAAGGUAAAGGCCGCAAGUGUAGUGUCUACCUUUCGCACCAACUUUCCUGGAGCGAAUCUUGUGUUGCUCUUGGGGAUCUGUGGGGUGACUCCAACGAAUUCCGACUAG